AUGCGUUCCAUGAAGGCAAAGCAUCGGCUCGCCCGCCCCCUCCCUCGCCUCUUGUCCACGGCUGCAACGGGCAUCUCGGCGUCGGCAGCUCCUCAAAUCACUCCCAUCACAUCGCUCCUCAUUGCCAAUCGUGGUGAGAUUGCUCUCAGGAUCCACAAGACUGCCGACAGGCUCGGAAUCCGUACAACAACCCUCUACACAGACCCAGACGCCUCCUCCCAGCAUGCCGCCUGCUCACCACACUCCCUCUCACUCGGCAACCCCAAGGCCUACCUCGACGGCGACCGCAUAAUCUCUCUUGCGAAGCAGCACGGUAUUCAGGCACUCCACCCUGGCUAUGGCUUCCUUUCCGAGAACCCCGCUUUUGCCUCUCGCUGCGAGAAGGAGGGCAUCGUAUUCGUUGGCCCGCCCGCCAAAGCCAUGCACGACAUGGGCGACAAGGCUCGCAGCAAGGAGAUCAUGACCGCUGCCGGUGUUCCCUGUGUUCCGGGGUACCACGGCGCGGAUCAAGAGGAGGCACAGCUGCUGCAGCACGCUCGCGAGGUCCGCUUCCCUGUGCUCCUGAAGAGCGUCAAGGGCGGUGGUGGCAAGGGCAUGCGCAUCGUCUUGACCGAAGACGAGUUUCCCGCCCAGCUACGCAGCGCCAGGCUCGAGGCUAAGGCAUCGUUUGGCGACGGCGGCGAGGUCAUGCUUGUGGAGAAGUACAUCGUGCGUCCGCGUCACGUCGAGGUCCAGGUCUUCGCCGACAAGCACGGAAACUGUGUGGCACUCGGUGAGCGUGACUGCAGUGUGCAGCGUCGUCACCAGAAGAUUCUCGAAGAGUCGCCCGCACCCUGCCUAGACGAAGCCACGAGACUCGAUCUCUGGGAUAAGGCGCGGAAGGCUGCUUCCGCCGUUGAUUACGUCGGCGCUGGUACUGUGGAGUUUAUUCUGGACCGCGACACUGGCGAGUUCUACUUCAUGGAGAUGAACACUCGUCUGCAAGUUGAGCAUCCCGAGGAGAUUUCUGAAGCCAUUUCUCAACGGGGCGCUGCAAUUGAGGCGCGUAUAUAUGCCGAGAGUCCUGAAAAGGGCUUCAUGCCUGACUCUGGCAAGCUUGUCCACCUUACCACUCCUGCCACCGAUCCCGACGUCCGUAUUGAUGCCGGUUUCGUCCAGGGCGACACCGUUUCCGAAGCCUACGACGGCAUGAUUGCCAAGUUGAUUGUGCGCGGCCGCGACCGUGAGACGGCUAUCCGUCGCCUGGAGCUUGCACUUCGCGAUUAUGAAGUGGUCGGUCUGAGCACGAACAUCGAGUUCCUCAAGCGCAUGUGCCGCUCGCCGGCGUUCAUCGAGGGUGAUGUGGAAACAGGUUUCAUCGAGAAGUGGAAGGAUGAGCUCUUUGCGCCUCGAGUGAUCACCGACGAGGUCUUUGUGCAGGCAGCUCUGGGCUCGUUGACGGCGCAGCUCGCGAGCGAGGAGCCCCACGGCGGCAGUCUCGGGACGCAUACUCAAAGCAGGAUGGCGAGGUUGUGCAGGGUCACAGUCAGCCAGACAAGUCCCGGCAUGUUUAGCGCCACUGUGACGAGGCAGGGCGCCGAGCCAGUGGUGAUCGAGAAGAUUGCAUGCACUUCAUCGACACCGAAAUCCCUGGCAACCAAGCUGACAACCUUCUUCCCCGGCGAGAGGAUACACUCCACAGUAGUCAGGACGACACCAAACGCAACCGAGACUCAGGACUCCAAGGUUGUCGUGUUCCAGCACGGUGUGAGGACAGAGCUAGCCCUGCUGCCGCCCAAGUGGUUCGAGAAGGCGCUGGGCCUCAAAGAGAUUGCUGCCUCUGUCGUUGCGCCGAUGCCGUGCAAGGUUCUGAGAAACGAGGUCGCUGAGGGCGAGGUCGUUAAGAAGGGUGCGCCAUUGGUUGUUAUUGAGUCGAUGAAGAUGGAGACCGUCAUCAGGUCACCUCAGGAUGGUGUGGUGAAGAAACUGGCACACAAGGAGGGGGACAUUUGCAAAGCUGGCACGGUGCUUGUGCUCUUUGAGGAAGAGGCCGCCGCCAACGAAGCGUCAUGA